AUGUCUGGUAUUAAAAGCACCUGUGACGAUGAUCAGCAGGGAUGGUAUACUGUUGUUGACGACCCCCAAAACACCCCCUUCCCCCCUGCCACCGAGCCUGACAAGGAAUUUGAUUUCUACAUUGGCUUUGCUAGGGCCAUUGGACAUGUUGAUUCCAAUACACUUGAUGUUGCCGUGAAUACUCGUGGUAGGAUUUUGUUCUACUUGAACGAUGGAGAUCAAGUCUGGAUAAAGAUGGAGUUGAGCUCCGGAAGCGGACUCAACUUCGGAAGCAGAGACUGGAAGCUUCUUACACUUUAA